AUGGCUGGAAGAGAAACCGAACUACAGUGGCUGAAAGAGAUUACAGUGGCUGGUGAGAAAUCCAUUCCUCCAACAAUUUCAAAUGUUAACUCUUUGCACUGUAAUAUCGCAAGGAAUGAAAUUUUGGAAUAUGUGGAUGAAAUUGUACCGUUGGAGUCCGAUAAUAAGGAUGUUGUGGAUAUUAUGAACAUAGCGGGUGAUGAUACGUUAGUUGGAGAUGGUGUGAUUGUGCCCGAGCCGGGUAUGAAAUUUAAGGAUGAAAAUGAAAUUUUCGAUCUGUACAAAAGAUAUGCAUACGAAAUUGGUUUCUCGGUUAGGAAACGAAAUUCAGUAAAGGAUGAUGACGGAGUAUUGAGAAAUGUUAUAUUUGUUUGUAGCCGUGAAGGGAAAAGAAUAAAAAAUACAAGCGGUUCUUUGAAACCGCAAGCAACUAUGCAGAGUGGAUGUAAAGCCAGGAUCUGCGCAUCCAAAGAUGUUUGUGGAAUAUGGAAGAUUAACAAGGAAUUCCAUUACACGAGCUUCAACUCUACAGUUUUUGAAGUGGGUGGGUAUGAGAAUUUGAGUUACAUCGAGAAGGAUUGCCGUAACUAUGUUGAGAAAGUUAGGCCUUUAAGACUUGGACAAGGGGACGCAUCAGCACUACAAUUAUACUUCUCUAAAAUGCAGAAUGUUUUUUGGGCAGACUAUAGGAGUAGGCAAACAUAUAAGGAGUUCGGAGAUGUUGUCACAUUUGACACCACAUACCUCACUAAUAAGUACGAUAUGCCAUUUGCUCCUUUUGUUGGAGUGAACCACCAUGGACAAUCAACACUCCUUGGAUGUGGUCUGGUCUUGAAUGAGGAAACAGAGACAUUUGUCUGGCUUUUUCGAACCUGGUUGCAAUGCAUGCAUGGACAGGCUCCGCAUGGGAUAGUUACGGAUCAGGACAGGGCUAUGCCAAAUGCAAUCCAGAAUGUGUUUCCCAAUACAAAGCAUAAAUGGUGUUUGUGGCACAUAUUGAAGAAGUUGCCUGAGAAAUUCGGAUACCAUGUGGAUAAAGGGUCUAUAUUCACUAUUAUACACAGUUUGGUCUACGAUUGUCAGUUUGUAGAAGAAUUCGAAAAUGGCUGGAGAGUGAUGGUCGAAAGGUUUCACUUGUAUGAUAAUGAGUGGUUGGUGGGUUUGUACGAGAACAGAGAACGUUAG